CGCACGCUCCAGCCGCCGGGGAUCGUAGCCCGGGAAAGGCAGCCUGCAAGGCGCUCAUCCCGCGGAGGAGGCACGCUCGGCGCUCGCUGCUCUGCACGCCGGGGACAUUUCCACGGAAUGUAGCAUGAAACGGCUCUGCUCUGCGUGUCAGCCUUGGGUGCGAGCUGAUGCUGAAGACGCCGCGGUGGGGUUCCAGCUGUCUGAUUAAUGAGAAACAUAAUGUAUUUUGGUGGUACAUGCCAGAGUCCUGCUCUCCCAGCCCUGGUCCGUCCACCAGCCCCUCCUUUACAACCGUCGCUGGAUAUUAAGCCGUUUCUUCCCUUUCCUCUUGACACUGCGGCCGCAGUCAACCUCUUCCCCAAUUUUAAUGCGAUGGACCCAAUUCAGAAAGCUGUAAUAAAUCAUACAUUCGGGGUUCCUCUUCCUCAUCGAAGAAAGCAAAUCAUAUCAUGCAACAUUUGCCAGUUGAGAUUUAAUUCCGAUAGCCAGGCUGCGGCCCACUACAAAGGCACGAAACAUGCCAAGAAGCUCAAAGCACUGGAAGCCAUGAAAAAUAAGCAGAAAUCUGUAACUGCCAAGGACAGCGCAAAGACUGCCUUCACCUCCAUCACUACCAAUACCAUCAAUACCAGCUCUGACAAAACAGACAGUACCGCAGAGACACCAGCAAUAUCAACGACGACAACUGUGGAAAUUCGCAAAAGCAGUGUUAUGACGACUGAGAUCACCUCUAAAGUGGAGAAAAGCCCCACGACAGCCACUGGCAAUAGCUCAUGUCCUUCCGCGGAGACUGAGGAAGAAAAGGCAAAACGGCUUCUUUACUGUUCGCUAUGCAAGGUUGCUGUCAACUCCGCCUCGCAGCUGGAGGCGCACAACAGUGGUACUAAGCACAAAACCAUGCUGGAAGCCCGGAAUGGAAGCGGCACUAUCAAAGCCUUUCCUAGGGCAGGCGUGAAAGGCAAAGGACCAGUUAAUAAGGGAAAUACAGGCCUACAAAACAAAACGUUUCACUGUGAAAUCUGUGAUGUGCACGUCAACUCGGAAACACAACUUAAACAGCACAUUAGCAGUAGAAGGCACAAAGACAGAGCUGCUGGGAAGCCCCCGAAACCUAAAUACAGUCCUUACAACAAACUGCAGAAGGCGGCACAUCCGCUGGGGGUAAAAUUAGUCUUUUCAAAAGAACCUUCAAAGCCAUUGGCUCCACGAAUUCUACCAAACCCUCUGGCAGCUGCGGCGGCCGCUGCUGCUGUGGCAGUGAAUUCCCCCUUCAGUCUUCGAACUGCCCCAGCAGCGACACUGUUCCAGACUUCUGCACUUCCUCCAGCCCUGCUGCGGCCAGCUCCUGGACCCAUUCGGACCACCCACACUCCUGUGCUGUUUGCUCCUUACUGAAUUCCAAAUGGGAGUAAUUGUACUGCAAUAAUUUUUCAAAAAACAAAAAACAAAACCAACAAAAGAGAACUAUGCAGUGUUUAUUUAUAGUUUAAAGUAUAUCUGAAGAGCCAGGACUUUUAUAUAGUGAAUUGAAAAGAUUAUAAAAACAGGAGGGAGG